UCCAAACGAUGCAUUCUCAAUGCAUUGAUUAUUAUUGAAACUGUUCUUUGCUAUGUCAAUGUUUGUUGAUUUAAAAAAAAAAAAAAAAAGUUUCCAGGGCCAAAUUAAGACCAGUGCGAAUCUAAACAAUGCUACUUAGCUGUUCAGCGCCUGUCCCAUUUUCUGGUAAAUGAAACAAAAGUAGUUAUGCAUGUUUUUGUAGAGAGGCGGAUGUAGCCUGAACUCGGGGUCUGGCACAUCUCCAGCGGUAGUAAAAAGCUGCACAGCACCUUCCAGCACUACACGCACACUGAGACAGUGGCUGGCACUGACUGACAAGGCGAAACAAAACAAGAAUAAAAAAAAUAAAGAAAUCGGAAUAAAAGAUCCCUGAGCGCAGAUAUUGGAAACGGCUCGCUUCGGUCUGGAAAUGAUCAAGAGUGGGUCGUUAUGACUUUCCGAUUCCAUAAUAAUAACCCAUUAGCCGAUCGUGCGUUUUUAAGUGGUGUAUUAUGUUCGAUGUCCUUUUCCAAUUGUUGGUACCUCAUGACUGCUACUGACAUCCAGUCCUGUCGCCUUUCGCAGACGCUCUAAGAAAGAAAAAACGGUUGAAGUUAAUGACUUCUACCAGCCUCAGCGACCUGAGCAAGAGCGAGAAGGCAGCCUUGGAUGAACGGGGGACGCAGCACAGACGGGCCGGGGCCAACGCCACUUGGAACAGUAUCCACAAUGGAGUGAUUUCUGUGUUCCAGAAGAAGGGGCUACCAGAGAACGAACUGUACACCCUCAAUGAGGGUGUGAGACGGCUGUUGAAAACAGAAUUGGGAUCAUUUUUCUCAGAAUACCUCCAAAACCAAUUACUUACAAAAGGAAUGGUCAUAUUAAGGGACAAAAUCCGAUUCUAUGAAGGUCAGAAGUUGCUCGACUCCUUGGCCGACACAUGGGACUUCUUCUUCAGCGACGUCCUGCCUAUGCUUCAGGCCAUCUUCUAUCCUGUACAGGGGAAGGAGCCCUCAGUCAGACAGCUGGCUCUCCUGCACUUCAGGAAUAUCAUCACACUCAACAUUAAACUGGAGGAUGCCAUUUCCCGCCCGCGGGCCAGAGUCCCUCCCUCCAUCAUCCAGAUGCUGCUGAUAUUACAGGGGGUGCACGAGUCCAAGGGAGGGACGGAGGACUACUUGAAGCUUGAGGCCUUGAUCCAGAAGGUGGUGUCUCCGUACCUGGGAACCCACGGGCUCUUCUCCGACGACGGCCAGGCCACUCACUGCACCUGCGUUCUGGAGAAGCGUUACCUCCGGCGCUGCGCCAAGGCGGGCGAGGUGAUCGGGAAGAAUCCGGUGGUGCGCUCCAAGAGCUACAACAACCCCAUGCUGACCCCUGUGGUGGAGUACGAGUGCGAGGUGGGCUCUGCUGGCAGCACGGGCAUCAGGAGGCACUCCGUCUCCGAAAUGACCUCCUGCCUCGGGCUGCAGGGCUACUCCAACCUCACCACCAUCAUGGACGCUGGCUCCAAAACCUCCAUGGCCAAAACCAGCCAAUCGGAUGAGCAGGACCUGUCAGGAGGGGGAGGAGCUUCUCCGACCUCCAAUCCAGGACUCUUGUGUGAGCAGGACCCCGAGGGGGACAAGCACGCUGCCUCCCUGCAUCCCUCGCAUUCCUCCAGCGCCGAGACCACAGUGGACCAGACCCUGGAGUCCACAGACUCCGACUCGGAGGGCAUUUUUAUUGAUUUCAGCCACCGAUGCUCCAACUCUCCCGGGUACAGCAGGGAGACCAGCAGACAAAGCGUGGUGUAGGAACGCAGGGAGAAGCGGAGCAGACUACUUGUGUGACAAUCAGCAAUGCAUGACUCCAGGCCAAGUCAUUUCUUGCCAGAUUUGCUUGUCAAAACAUCUCGAUUUUUGUUUUUUUUUCUUUGAAAACAGCGUUUUGUUUCCACCUAUUUCAUGCCUAAUAUAGGCCCGCUAUUGCUGUCCCGAGCUAAUGUUGAGUCCUUGCUGAGCUGUUGAUUACUGUAACUCAUUGCCUGCUGGUCUCCUAGGAGCCUAAUUGAAUAUGAUGCACACGAUGCUGCAGCCAGAAUACUUGCCUGCCUGUCAUUUUUCACAGUUUCUAAGGCCACUACAUUGGCUACCAGUGAAGCAUUGCAUUGAUUUUCCAACUCCUCCUGUAUCAGACAAGCUAUGGCACUGGCCCUGUCCAUUUGAGUUACUUAUGCCAUGCAAACCAGCCUGUACUUUGAGAUCUGCCAAUAGUGGUGUAAUGCAUCUCCUCCUAGCAGCUGAUGAGUUAAUAAUACUGACAUCCGUACUUGGCUCUCUGCUACAGAGCUUGCUCUUUUAAAGGUAAGAUGUUCCUCUUUGAACUGUAUGGUUCCUGCCCAGCCCUUGCCUUCCCAUUCAAUUCAAUGGGUUGAGAUGCCGAUUCAUUGAAGGGGCCUCUUGGUAAUUCCAAGAACUUGAUUAAAACCAUUUCAUAAAAGCGAUUUGCGAGGAAUCGCUGUCGCAGACCCCUCGCAGGUUGCAAUUUGUGUUUCAUAAAACUUUGGCAGGGCUGCGACGUCGUAGAUUUUCACUAGAAACCUGCGACUGACAGACAGCAGUCGCAAGUAGCAAUUACCAUAGCAGAUCCUGUUUCAGGACAUACCGUGGCGCUCGUACUACUAGCUCACUGUGGAACUGUACACUUUAUUGAACAGAUUUCUCAGGUAAAACAUUCUGAUGACAAUAUGAACCCCCACCGACCCCACCACCACACACAGUACACAGUAUGCCGUGCAGCAAUUAUUACUUUAAUAAUAAUAAUAAUAAUAAUAAUAAUAAUACAAACCAAAUUAAAUGUGUACAAUAAAUAAGUUAAAUAACACACAAACGUGAUACAAAUAAAUAAAAUGGAUCAAACUCAAGUAACAAAAACAGUGACAAGCGCCUCCUUCUCACUAGAUAAAAUCUAAAAGAAACCCACCAGAUCCCCAAAUAACGAAGCUUUGUUGCAGCGGCCACCUGCAUGUUAUUACCUGCCCCACACGUUUAAAUAGUGAGGCUAAACGCAGCUUGAUUAUCAGGCAAGCCCCUAAAGACUAAUACAAGUGUCAAGGUAGCGAGUAUGCUUAGCUGGCUAUAUACGUUUCAUCCAAAAGCCCAUUUUCAGCUGAGUAGAAAGAACAGUAAGCACAGAUCAGUACACCUUUUCUUUAAAUCCGUUUGCUGCACAGCGUUGCUUUUUUUGUUCUCCACAGCUGAAGGGCUUUCCUUGUGUAUGUAUAGAACUUCAAAGUACAGCCUGUCACUUUUCACAGCUCCAAGUCUCUUGUCGACAGGGAUUUUGGUUUUCCUCAAUGAACUUUUAAAGCUUUUUCAUCUCUCUUUUAAUUUCGUUCUGUUUGCUAGAUCUAUCCAUUUCUUUCUUAUUUGUGUUGACCAGCCCCAUUUCAAUAAUUGUAUAUUUUGUUUGUUCUUAAAAAAACCUUCACUAACUCGGUGCCCUCGAUUACAUCAGGCAACAAUGGCACUGUCUCUGAUACGAUGCUCAUAUAUUAUUAUUUUUUAAAUCCAGCCUCACAAGCCAGAAUUGUUCAUAUGCAGUACAUUAUGUGUUGCCAGGCAGAAAAAAAAAGUGCUACACAAGAAAUGGAAUCUAGUUACAUAAAUAAAAUAGCAUUUCUCAUUUCAUAAAUGCCUGGGCAUUACAGGGUUAAAUCAUGGGGCUGUAGCUUUACAGGAGCAAUAACAAACGCUUGUCUAUUCAUUCUAGUGCUGGGACGAACAUGGAAUUUUCAUGUUUGGAUAUACGCUCAUAAUUAAAAUAUUCGUUAGGAUAUUCGUUCGUUUUCAAAAAUUAAUAAAAGCCAUUAUAUUGCUCUGAACGCAGGCAGAGACAGCAUAGCAGCAGGGGCAGGGGGGCGUGGCCCCUGUGUGUGUGCCUUUAUUUUACAGCAAGACGUUACACUAUGCAACACGUUAAAGUAAAAACAUAUCCCAGAGUAAAGAAUAUACCCCAGUGAAUUAACUACAAAACAAAGGAUGCCAAAUAACAAGUUAAACGUUGUUCUGUUUAUUCCCAAAAUAAAUAGUACAUAAAUUUGACAACACAUUUUAUUAACUUUUUUUAUUAAACGUUUCUUCGCAGUAAACAGUGGCCAUCAACACGUUUUCAUAAAGUAAUAACAUGAGGUUCACUUGUGCCUUAUUAUAGCUGAGCAAGCAAACUAAAACUGAAAUUUAACUUUAAACACUUCAAAUAAAACAAAGGUGGAAAUGGUAUUGUAAAACGAAUGGGGGAGAAAACUCACUGUUUUGGUUCUCGUUUAUUACAUUCCACAAAACAAAGUCACAACAAAAAAUACAUAAUAUAUACAAUCUAUAUAAAAAUCACUAGACAACAUUUCCAGCAAGUUGGGCACUGUUUAAGCGAGGCAUUUCAGAAUGAUGUGCUUGCCUUUUUUCAGUCCCAUGAGAUUCUUACUCGCUCUAAAGCAACACAACGCAUUUUUGUCCCAGGUGGCUUUCCAUAGAGAUCACUAUGCAUGCGUGCGCAUAAUCUGGGUUGUUUACUCUUUGCUGUCUAAAACUUUUAAAUAGAGGCUCCAGAGCUGCUGUGGUGAUCGUGUUUUGUUUUAUUUAUUUUUUUUAUCUAUAUUAAUCUCACAUAUCACACUGAGCUCUUUUUCAUUUACCAUUUUUGAAACUGUCGCGCAACUUCUGGUGAGGCGAUAAAUAACUUAAGUGCAAGAUAUUUUUGUCAUUUCUAGCGAAUACGAACAUCUGAUUUUUGCAUCCAAAUACAUGUCAAAAAAUAUUCAUUUGAAUAUUCGGAUAUUUGUCCCAGCACUAACUCAUUCUGAGAAUCACAUACGGAAAGACCCUUAGACCAUGGAGGUGCAGACCUGUAUUCUGUGAGCAGGUUUAUAUCAUGGAGAGUCUUGUUUAUUGUGGGAUUUCAGAGAUGAUACAGCGGAAACCCCCUUUUUUUUGGUAUGUCAUUCAUUUUUGUUAGUUUCGCUAUGACAGUUUAAUUGCUGACGUGUAUAGCUGGUAAUUUAGCUGUAAGCAUAUUAUAAAACUUUUAUGGUUGCUAUAAAUCUGUAAAUUUUUUCAAGAUUGUUAACAAAUCCAGCAGAUAGAGAGGGGUUCACAGCAUUGGACAUCCUGGUGGCUUUUUUUGGCUUGAAAAUAUCAUGUAUAUGUUUAAAAUAUAUAUAAUCUUAAAAUUAUGGGGGAAACCAUUGGUAAAGUGGGAACAUUUUCCAGUGAAAUAUGAAUCAGUACGCAUGCCGGUAGUCCGUUAAACUCUGAGGGUACGCGUCUCAAAGGCACAUAAUUGCAUUUGACAAAAUAAUUUAUGAAGUAGAGAACAAGAGAAAUGUGCAGGCAAUAACCGUAUUUCAAAAGAAGCUUGACGGUUGAUCUGAAAUAAAGCUUAAAACUGUUAAUAAACCACUGACACAUUUAUCUUCAUCUCGAUAAACUUGUCACCUUUCCACAGUGCAUGCACAAUGCUACUGUACGCUACAGUGCAACAGCACCGCUUGUUGGGAGAAAAGGGUAUGGCAGGCAGAACCUAAUAAGAACAAGACUAGAAAUGGGUAAAUGACCUGUUUCCAUAAUGUGACACCCUGUAGUAUUAAAAUGAUCACAGUGGUGGCAUAAUUCCACCUACUGAACUGAUCAUAGAAAGUAUUCAAAUGUGUUUGUCAGAUUUGUUCAUUUAACCACGUGGGUCAUUCCAGCUUACAUGGAAAAACAGGAGAAUUUGGCUAAAAACAAAUGGUCUUGAACGAGACUGGAACGUUGGAAGAAUGUAACGUUGCUAACGAGAGGAGGCUUUCAGCCCAUGUCAGCGCGUCCGGUUCCCAGGAGCUGAUUGAUCUCGAAACUUUUUCAGUUUGGGUUUAUAUAUCGUCAGAGGAGGCACACCCUCCCUAGAAUGUGGUCUACCUGAGCUGGAGUGACCCAGGUACGACCAACAGGUUCUCGUUUAGAAGAGAGGGGACAGGCAAUGCAUUUUUUAAGUCAAGACAUCUUGUGCUAUUAAAACAAACAGCUUUUCUUUACUGGAGAAUAAUAAUGUCACAGCAUUUAGACUUGCUUGGUUUUAGUGCUCAGAUUUGCCUUUAGGGUGGGUUUCAAUUGAACUGGCUUAAAUAUAAGCUGCCACUGACUGAAGGUUGACAUGAACGAGGGGAGUCGCCUCCCAAGUCCAGUGUUUGCUUUACUUUUGGUGAUGUACAAAGAUUUCUCUGUCAUCAGAUGAUCAUAUUUGCAGGAUUCCAAUCAGUAAUUACAAGCUUUGACUCAGUAAUCAACAGAGGUGCUCAAUGUGCCCAUGGUCUGAUUUCAAAAGCUUUGGGGAUUUCACACUGUAAAUUUCAAUCAGAAAGUAUUAUUACAGUACAGGUGAUCUAGGAACAGGUAUGCUUCAUUUGUAAUGAUUUUACAAUUCAGUUUCUGUUGUUGUGCUUUAAGAUUUUUUUACUUCCUUGUACCUAAUCACUUCCUGUGCAGUCAGCACAGGAAGUGAUAAAGGUACCAGGAAGCAACAGAACAUGUACUCUAUCCUAUUUUGUAUUUAAGAAAUAAUAUCAAAUUAGAAUAAACAAGCAAGAUGUAUUCUGUACCAGGAGAAGGGGAGCUGUGAUACAUUGAUUGUAAAGCCUUGGAUGUUGCUGUUAUGAAUAGGCAAAACAUGAAAGAACUUCACUGUGGAGUUUCUAAAGAGGGAUUCAACAUAACAGAUAACUAUAAAACCAGGCAUGAGUUGUAAUUGUGCACUGACUACAGUAUGAAGUGGUCUUGAUGUAAAAAAGAAAAUCAUAGCAAUACAACAGGGUGCAUUUUCAAUCCUCAGCUUUUUCUCCGCUUGUAACAGUGCUCUAUUUGAAGCUGCCAGUAGGUGGCAGUAUUGCAUAAGGAUUUGUAUGGAGAUCUAUACAUACAGUAAUUGAAUGCCUUUUUUCUGCACAGGAUUGUAAAAAAAAAAAAAACACUUUUACAAUGGAACCCACUCCAGAUUUUGUACACAAAGCUGUAAGAUUUUAAUACUGCAGUUAAACUUUUGGUAGAACAAAUCAUGAUCAUGUUACUUAUGCUCUUAAUGUGAUUUUUAUUCUGUGUUUUUUUGUCUUUCUACGACAUCUUUGAUAAAUGUCAAAGAGAAAAAUAUGUGUUACUUUUAAAUAAAGUUGUGUUAUCAAAACGCUUA